AUGGUGUAUUCGCUUCACACAGUGCUGGCCGUGGCCAAAAAGCAUAGCUUUUAUGAUCAAAGCGUGACCUAUCCGCCUGAUAUCGACAUCAUACAGACCAUUGUCGAGCAGAGUGAAGCUGAUGGGCAGUCAGGGGGGCUUGCCUCCUGGCCUCUGCUGCACAAAAAGACGCUCUACUCAAAGAUUCAGCGACUCAUCAACGACACAAGCCCGCAAAACACAUUCCGACAGGCUAUAUAUGCCAGCAUCACCGGCGGAGGUAGAGGCGCACAGCCACUCUUCUUUGCCACUGACGUGGAGGAGAACCGUCUCCAGCGAGCAGAAUAUGGCAAACUUCUGGCAAGGACCGGCAUCUUGAAGCGCGGCGACUGGGUCGUCACUGUGCACUCUGCUGGUGGUCUGUACAGAGCCCUUGACCUUAUCAUGGAAGUGUCUGAGUGCGCCGGCGCCUGCGCCCUGGGCGCGGGAAACCACAUGCGACCGGCCGAGGUGUUGCGGCUCGUGAUGCAGUACCAGGCCAACGUGCUAGCCGGCGACAGCAGCCAGAUCAUCAACCUGGUGAACCACAUGUUGGCGCUGUCUGCGGAGGACCGCGGCCGGAUCCGCCUCGACAAGAUCAUUUACACGUCCGAGGUGCUGACAGGCGCGCAGCGUGCUCACAUCCGCGCCACGCUUGGCGACGGUGUCGCGAUCUGCUCCAUGCUCGCCAGCGCCGAGGCCGGGCCUUGGGCCGUGAGCAACCCGGCGCUGACGGGUCGCGGCACGACGACGUCGUCAGACUUCGUCUACGAUGCGCGCACCAUGGCUGUUGAGAUCUUACCCGACUCGGUCUUGGAGGAGGGAGGCCCCUCUUCCGCGGCGCAACCACCACCGCCUCCUCUGCCUGACGGCGAGACGGGCGCCAUCGUCCUCACCUCGCUCUGCCGCUUGCGCAACCCGCUCGUGCGCUACCUGUCGGGCGACGUCGGCUCGCUGCGAGCGUUGCCCGAGGCCGUGCGGCACCUGGUGGACGAGGCGGACCGGCCGCACCUGCGCGUGCUGCGGCUCGAGGGCCGCGAUCGCCGCUUCAGCUUUGACUGGGAGGGUGAGUACGUCGAGUUCAGUAGCCUCGCCGCGAUUGUGGAGGACGAGAAGUACGGCGUCCUGCAGUGGCAGGCCAUUAUCGAGAACAAGGCCGACGACAGGGAGGCGCUGCGGCCGAUCCUCGAGCUGCGCAUGCUGCCGAGCACGGCCUUGCGCGGCAACGAGGCGCUCUUGAAGGAAUUGGUGGACCGGGUCAAGGUUUUGAUUGAGAUGGCGCCAUAUAACGAGGAUCGAUUUAUUCCAGUGUUUCUAGAUAAUCUAGACGGCUUUGAAAGGAGUAAAACGGGUAGAAAGGUUAUCAAGUUUAUUGACAGAGUCAGCUGA